AUGGCAAUCCAACGUCAGAUUGAAUUUGAAGGCAAUGAUACGGCCUAUAUCCAGUUCCUCGAAAAUAAAGUAUUGGAGCUAGAGAAUGUCCUGCAGACUUUACCAAACCAGAGGAUCCGUCCGUCCGUCCCCCAGUCAGGAAGUGCCGGAUCAAACCCUCGCUCUAGCAGUCGUCAAUCUUCUACGAAUGAGCGUGGUAAUCGUCCGACUGGAUUUCAAGUCAUCGAAUACGACCCAAAACACGUUGACUGCUAUCCCAAAAGAGUUAAAUCCAGUAGCCAGACACGACACAGGUGGCGAUCUGAUUUGAACAGUCUCCUUGCGAAAGUACCGCCUUUGGAUUAUUGGCGAUCUCACAAGCAAGAGUUAUCAGAGAAGAGCAGAAUUACGCUGGAGGUUCUGGCCCAAGCUGAUAUUUCAUUAUACCAAACACCCAUAGUCCCCCCCCGGACUUACUCUGGACCUGUUGAUCUUGUUCCUAUCUUGCACCAAUAUUGUAACUUUGCGAUGAAAACAAGCCCUGAAGGAGAUUUCUACUGCAAGUUGACGUGCUUCCGAGAACUCGUGUUCAUGUCAUUUUGUGCCGUCGCACUCAAAGUGGCUGAUAACGCAGCCAGCGUAUUUAAAGUGAUGCGAGAAUAUAGCGGAUCUGAAGCUCAGGAGAAACACCUGAUUAAGCUGACUCGUGGUGCAAUUUGGGCAAAUCGCUCGAUUUUCGCUUUGUCUGGGACUCAGUGGGGAUCAGAUUGCUCUGAUGUCUUUUUGCUGGCUGGGCAGCCUGUUUCUUUCUAUGCACGAUACGCCGAGUAUUCUGAAAGUCUGCCGUAUUUCCUGCACCAGAUGAGAACGAAGGCCGGCGAUCAUGCUAGCUCCGGAAAAGAUUUCAGACCAAUGUCUCUUGCUGUUCCUCUCAUAAUUGAGAGGCUUGCUCGGGGGAGUUUGUCCCUUGGAUACGAAUUACGAUACAUGGAAGACUGUCGUCUACCAUUUGACCAGGCGUUGAAUCAUUCAAUUACAAAGAAACGACAUUUUGGGCCAGCACAGCCCAACGCAUCCAAGAGGCCUCGUUUGUCCCAAUCCCAGUCUACAUCGUCAAAUCCAACCCCCAACCAGGCUAUACGAAACUGCGAAGAGACAACCACGGGAACUAAUGUCGCUUUGUCUGCUGAGAGCAUUCCCGAAUCUACAUUUCCUCUUAACGCCAUGAGUGGAACAGAAGUACAGACAGGCUCAUGUCAAAGUGAUGUCACCAGCGGUGUUGGCUUCUCACUAGAGUUGAGUAACGCUCCGCUGUUGCAAGGAGAAUCCCCUCAACGACCUAGGUUACCGGCCGAGCAACUCAGCUUAUGUAUUACACAAUCAGAAUCUGUACCUGAUCGAGAUUGUCCUACCCUACCGCCUAUUUUCGAUGUUCCAGUUCCACACAGCUCGCAGCCCACAGCUUCAUACCCUGAAGACUAUAGCAGCUUGGACUGGGAAAAAGAUUUCCUCUUGCUGGAUUGGGAACGUGAUUACGACUAUACUGCAUUUCAUUCGGGCAACUGGCAGGAUCGACAUAGCUAA